GGGAGCUGGCCACGAUGGCGGCGUCCUGGUCCGCUGUCGGAGACCGUGGCGGCGGGUUGGGCUUCUUGUCGGUGGCGUUCGGGGUGUCUCUGAUCAAAUGCCUUCUCAUACCCGCCUAUUAUUCUACAGAUUUUGAAGUACACCGGAAUUGGCUUGCCAUCACUCACAGUUUACCAGUAUCACAAUGGUACUAUGAGGCAACUUCAGAGUGGACUUUGGAUUACCCUCCAUUUUUUGCAUGGUUUGAAUAUGCACUGUCACACAUUGCCAAAGUUUUUGACCCAGAGAUGCUGAAUAUACAGAACUUGAAUUAUGCCAGUCCUAGAACAAUACUUUUUCAGAGAUUUUCCAUCAUCCUAACAGAUGUCCUCUUUAUAUAUGCAGUCUAUGAGUGCUGCAAAUGCAUAGAGGGGAAAAAAGCUGGGAAAGAACAUACAGAGAAGCCAGCAUUUAUUCUUUCAGUCUUACUUCUGUGGAAUUUUGGAUUGCUAAUUGUGGACCAUAUUCAUUUUCAGUACAACGGUUUUUUAUUUGGAUUAAUGCUGCUUUCAGUUGCCCGAUUAUUUCAGAAAAGGUAUUUGGAAGGAGCAUUCCUCUUCACCGUUCUCCUGCAUUUUAAGCACAUCUACCUUUAUGUGGCCCCAGCUUAUGGCAUCUAUUUGCUGAGAUCUUACUGUUUCACUGCAAAUAAACCAGAUGGAUCUGUCAGGUGGAGCAGUUUCAGUUUUCUCCGACUGAUUGCCCUGGGUUUCAUUGUUUGCUCUGUUUCUGCCCUUUCUUUGGGUCCUUUUAUAGCCUUGAACCAACUGCCUCAAGUAAUUUCAAGGCUUUUCCCUUUCAAGAGGGGCCUCUGCCACGCCUACUGGGCUCCAAAUUUCUGGGCUUUGUACAAUGCUUUGGACAAGAUGCUCUCCAUUAUCGGCUUGAAAUAUAAUCUUCUUGAUCCCAAGAAGAUUCCUAAGACCUCAAUGACAAGUGGUUUGGUUCAGCAAUUCCAACAUGUAGUCCUGCCCUCUGUGACUCCAUUAGCGACCCUCAUUUGCUCUGUAAUUGCCAUGUUGCCCUCUGUGUUCUGUCUUUGGUUUAAACCCCAAGGGCCCAGAGGCUUUCUUCGAUGUCUGAUUGUUUGUGCACUAAGCUCCUUCAUGUUUGGAUGGCACGUUCAUGAAAAAGCAAUACUCCUAGCAAUUCUCCCAAUGAGUCUCUUGUCUGUAGGAAAGCCACAAGAUGCUGGAAUUUAUCUGCUUCUGACCACAACCGGCCAUUAUUCCCUCUUCCCAUUGCUUUUCACAGCCCCAGAAUUCCCUAUUAAAGUGUUACUCAUGCUACUAUUCACUGUUUAUAGUUUUUCAUCACUGAAGACUUUGUUCAGAAAAGAAAAACUUCUUAAUUGGAUGGAAACCAUCUACCUCAUUGGCUUGGGGCCUCUGGAAAUCUGCUGUGAACUUGUAUUUCCCUUCACCCCCUGGAAACUAAAGUACCCUUUCGUUCCUUUGUUCCUGACUUCAGUAUAUUGUGCAGUAGGCAUCACAUAUGCUUGGUUCAGACUGUCGAUUUCAAUGUUGCCUGGCCCUGCUGUCGGCAAGGCAAAACUACGAUGAAUAAAGGGACUGCUUGGAUGACUUCCAGGCAAUUACCUCAUGGAAAAUUAACCAGCAUUCGAAAAAGGUUGCUGGUGGCAGAAGCCAUUCAUUUCAGUGGGUCCUGUUUUGAACAUGUCUGCACUAUUCUUCCAGGCUACCCACUGAUGUUUUUCAUUCAGAGAGGCUCUAUUUUCUUUCUUUCUUGUUUUUAAAUUAGAAAAUACUGGUGUUGCCCACCACAGCAACCUGAUUGUCACCAUGGUGAGAAGUCACUUGCCCUUCUAAAGCUAUGAAACAGAAACGCUACCUCCCUUAAAAGUGUCUGUUGGAGAGAUGCAGAUUGCUGUGCUGAAUAUAAAUCUUGCUCAAGAUAAAUAAUAGGUUCAAAUCCAAACAACUUAGUUAUUUAUAGCCCACCAAAUAACUGCUGUCAGGAUAGAAAACAUAAUUACAACCACACGCUGGGGGCAGAUGUAAAUAAAAUACUACUUUAUAUUUCUGCAUUAAGAUUUUUGGCUCAUUGACAGAUAGGUUUCCCAUUGGGACACAUAUAAGCAGAUGGUGUCUUGGUCACACUGGGUACCCCCUUGUUCUGGGGGUCCUUUUAAAUGAAAUAAUAGCAUGACACAAAUGAGGGGUGGGGGUGUGUGUGUGUGUGUGUCCCUGUGUGUGUGUGUGUGUCCUUGUCCGUCCACUUUGGCUUUCUGCUUAUGUAAAAUCAAGAAUGUACUUUGAUGUUUGGUAAUGCUGCCAGCAGAGGGAGCACACAGUGCAAGCAGUUGUCUUUGCAAAUAUUUACACAGCCCAUUGAAGAUGAUCAUUGAAUCAUAGAAUGGUAGAGCUAGAGGGGACUUGAAAACACAGUGUUUGGGGUGGAAGAAAUCUAUUUAAAUCCCUCAUUUUAUAGAAGAGAGACCUGGGGAAGGGGGUUCUUGAAGUUAGGUGACUUAUCCAGGGUCCCACAGCUAUUCAUUGGCAAUAGAGGAACUAAAAAUAGUCUAAAUCAACUAUGAAAGGAAGUUAUUCAUAGGAAAUGGGGGAAGGGAGUGUUCCUUCAUUGUUACCUUUAAGUAUUUAAAGGACUGGAAUAUGGAAGAUGAGCUCCAUGUGUUCUCCUUGUUCCCAGAGGGCAAAGGUAGGAGCAGUGGUUGGAAAAUGUAUUGAGGCUUAUUUAGGCUUGAUAUAUGGGAACACUAACAAAGUUACCCCCAAAUUACUGCCUUGAGAGCUAGUAGGUCCCCACUAUGAAACUUGGAGAACUACUUGUUAGAGAUAUAGUAUAUAUUGUUGGCCUAGAUGGUCCCUUCAAGUUCUGUGAUUUUUGUCUUGCCUACUUUCUUUUCUACCUUCAAAUUCCUUCCUCUUGAAGCUUUUGAAUAUCUUUGGACUUUUCGGUCUGGAUCUAUGAUUUCAUUCAUGUGGGACCCUUCUAAUGUAAAAACAAUACAUACACCCAGAACUCCCCUGUAAGUCAUUAUCUUAGAGAAUUGCCUGGGUCCCUGAAAGGUUAACUAGAUUGUGGUUGGUUGCAUACUUGUAUUUCAGAGGCAAUCCUUAAGUUCUUAACUUCUAAAACUGGCACUCCAUCCACCAUGCUUCCUAUCAUAUACCUCUGGAAGAGCAUAGCCAGACUUUGCCUCAUCUUAUAUGUACAUGAAGAAGUCUGAGAACCCAGACCUAUUAAAAUAUCCCAAAUGAGUUUUCCUGCCUGCCAGCCACUGAUGACAUAAAGAAGGGCAUUUUGUCAAUUGAAGAAAUUUGAACUUUGAUUUGAGAACCACCCAGAACACAUGGCUGCCCCUGAAAUGUCAACCAGUGUGAACAUUGCCAGGCAAGAGACCUGCGCCUAUUUUAGUUGGUCACAUUUUUGCCAGUGAGUGUCCAGAUGCCAAACCCAACUGAAAAAGAUGGUUGUCAUAAACUGCAUCUGGAUUAAUUUUGACAAGGCUGAAUUUUAAUUAUGUUUUAUAACGUAUUAGAGAAAAGUAACACGAUAUUGGUGAAUGCCUCAUAAUUCUGUCAUUGCUAAAAAGAACAGAUGGCUUUCAGCCUUCCCUUCCUCUUCCCCUUUUCCUCAGAAGAAAAAUAGUGAAAAUGAAUAAACCAGGAUGCUCAUCUUCAAUUUAUUUUUUGAACUUUACCUAGAACAAAAAAUCAUCCAUAGCCAGUGAGGCUGGACCCUUACAUUUGAGAGUAUUUUUUUCUUUAAAGAACAGAAUAAAAAGAGGGGGGAGGGAAGGGAAGGAGAGAAUUCAGAACUCAAAAUUUUUUUAAUGUUCAAAAUUGUUUUCACAUGUAACUAAAAUAUAUAUAUAAAUUUUAAAGUUAAAAAAAAAAAGAACAGAAGAAUAUAGAGGUUUGCCUGCCACAACACCAGAAGGGUGACAUCAAGCAUGUCAAACAGCAGCUUUCAUUGAUGAUUGAGUUGGAAGGGACCUGAGGUUAUCUAAUUUAAAGCCUUCAUUUUACAGAGGAUGUAAUUGAAGCCUGCUAGUGGCAGACCUGGGACUAGAACCCAAUUUUUGCCUGAGUUAUAUUAGGUUAAUGCUCUUUGUAUCAUACUAAAUUAUGCUUUCAUGUGACUGUCUGCCCUCCAUUCAACUAGAUUUGGGUUGUCCUGUCCUCUGCUCUUAGACCUUAUGAAUCUAUCAGUUAUAAAGAAUGAGCAUCAAUCUCUAAAAUGAAGAACCAGCUCUAAAUUUUUCUGAUUAUGACUGAUUUGUGGAUGUUUUAGCUAGAGAUACUUAACUCCUCUGGACAAGCUGAUACAAAAGAUGACAACCUAUUUGCAGCUUUAGUGUGCUGUGGAACCUUUUUUGUAUUUAUGCUGAUCAUGUUUGAUGCAAUUUUCUCUAACACUCAUUCCUGGAUGAUGGAGAUCUUUCACAUUGCUUUUUUUUUUUUUUUUUGUGAGGUAAUGGGGGUUAAGUGACUUGCCCAGGGUCACACAGCUAGUAAGUGUCAAGUGUCUUAGGUCAAAUUUGAACUCAAGUCCUCCUGAAUCCAGAGCCAGUGCUUUAUGCACUGUGCCACAUUGCUUUUCAAUCCUGAAUUUAAAUAUACCCUAGAAACUAGAUUUUUUCUAGUUUUCACAGAUACAAAUGUGACUACCUAAUUUUUUUUUUGGCCGGUCUAUGAUAAUCCCCAUCACUUUCACAGUGGUGCAUAUUCCUGUUUAUUUAUAUAGUCAUACUCUUUUCAUUUCUGGUUAGAUGUAUUGGAUAUACAUAGUGACUACUAGAUUUGUAUGAUUUUUUCAUAUGACCGUUGAUAGCCUAGAUUUCUUCCUUUGAAAACUACCCGUUCAUAUCCUUUGAUCAUUUAUCAGUUGGCAAAUUGUUGUUCCUAUAAACUUGCCCCUGUUCCUUCUUGUUCUUAUUAUUGUGUUUUGGUCAUGUCUGAGUCUUCAUGACCCAAUUUGGGGUUUUCUUGGCAAAGAUACUGAAGUGGUUUGCCAUUUCCUUCUUCAGCUCAUUUUACAGAUGAGGAAACUGGGGCAAACAGGGUUAAAUAACUUGCCCAGGGUCACAAAACUAGUAAGUGUCUGAGACCACAUUUGAACACAGGAAGGUGAGUCUUCCUGACUCAGCUGGUACUCUAUCCACUGUACCAUGUAGCAGCCCUGAAUCUGUUCUUUACACAUAUUUUGGUUUUGGUUUUGGUUUUUUUGCAGGGCAGUGGGGGUUAAGUGACUUGCCCAGGGUCACACAGCUAGUAAAUGCCAGGUGUCUGAGGUCAGAUUUGAACUCAGGUCCUUCUGAAUC